AUGAAAUACAAUGCAGAAAUAUUGCAAGCACUGUGUAACGCGUUAAAUUAUUUGAAACGUAAACGACAACCAACGACAAUCAAUCGUGUUUGUCGUUAUGUCGAAGAGCAUAAUUCAGGUUUUAAACGUUCACUAAUUCGAGAGACAUUUCGUCAAGGUAUCGAUGAUGAACUUAUUAACCGAAUUGAGACAAAUAAUUCGAAUGUAAAUGAAUAUAUAUGUGAUAAUAAUAAUGAAAUUUUAAUAAAAACAUUAACUACUCACAAUAUGUCUUCCUCCUCUUUCUCUAUUGAUACAGAAGUAUUAAAUAAACUCGUUCAAGUAGUUAAAGAUCUUGAUAAUGAAACAAAUUCAGGUUGUUCAGGAAAAAUGAUUCGAGAUCAUAUAAGAACUAAAAAUAGAGAAGUAAAUUCAUUAACAAAAAAAUUUAUUAUUAAUGAAAUGGAGUUAUAUUCGGCAUUGAGACGUUGUGUAGCAGAAAAUUUAAUCGUUAAAGAUGAUGCUGAUAAACGUUAUAAACCAAUUCAACGAAAAACAACAAUGAAUCGUGAUAGAAGAUAUGAGAUGAAUACAAGACAAAAAACUCCACGUCACCAAGUACUAACAGCCGGAUCGAUAAAAACUUCAGCAUCUUCUAAUAAGCAACGAGCAGAUUUUAGCGAGAAAAAGAAAGUGGCCAAACCAAUUUUGAUAUGUGGCUUUUGUUUAACUACGGCUGAGAAAGGCCCUCAUGGACAUCCCGAAGAAAUGAUUAGUUGUUCUCAGUGUGAUGAAUUUAUGUGUGAUUUUUGCCGUGAUGAAGGCAUGUCCAAGGUGCAAAAUAAAAGUCCAUCAAAGAAACGAGAUAGUAUCAAAUUCAACAGGAAAUCUUUUACCAACGCGUUAAAUAAAACUCGUCCCCAUAAUAGUAAGAAAUAUAAGGACAAAGAAGAAGAUACUCCAUUGACACCAAUACUAUCUCGAUCUGUUGCUCAACUAAUCGAUGGUAUGACAAAUUUUUUUCUUCCAAAAAAACAAAAACAAACAAAAUCUUCCACAGUAAUAUUGCCUUCAAAUCAACAUCGUCAAAAUUCAGUACAGAAAGCUGCUCAAUUUUUAAGAAAGAAAAAGCAACAACAGACAAUUAAACGUUUAAAUAAUAAAAAUAAGCAUUUGAACAGUAAUAAUAAUGGAGGAAAUCGUUCGUUAGCAAAACAUGUUUUAGCUGCAACGAAAACUGAACGUAUUAAACGUAAACCAGUACUUCUUGAUGAGAUGAUAUUAGGUAAUGAUCCACAGAAAACGAUAAAUUAUUCAGCACUAAGUACACCGUCGUCAUCUCGUUUAAAAAAUUCCAUUAGUUGUCCGAUAGAAACCUCAUCUCGUACAAGACGAUUAGUACCAAGUCAAGAAUCUAUUAAACAUUCAAUAACAUUAUCCCCGGAGUUUCUGAAUAAAAGAACACGUGUCAAUUCUCUAAACAAGAAUUCGGAUAAACGUGACAGCAAGAAGACAAUGAAAAUGAUUGAUACAUAUGAACAGCAUAAAGAACUAAAACAAGAAAAACAAAUUAAAAAGAAGAAAAAAGAAUGUUUAGAUAAUGAAGAGGAGAACAGUGAUAACGAUAAUAUUCAAAGAAAACGUCAAAAAUCAAGUUCAUCAAUCACAUCAUCAAAACCAAAGAAAAAACGAAUGCUGAUGAAUAUCGACUUUUCAAAACAUAGUGGUGCACCGGCAUUUUUAAAGAAUGUAUUACCGAAUAAUAUUACGGAGCAUGAUGUUGAGUUAUUUUUAGAAACAAGAAAGAAUGCUGCUAAACUUAUUUCGGACUGUUCGGAUAAAUUUGUUCAACAGUCGCCAUCAAAAAACGUCGACGAACCAUUUCGUUGGCCGCCAUUCAUUGUAUUUGGUGGUGGUCUAAUUAAAACAUGGUAUUCAUCAUCAUAUCCACAAGAGUAUGCACGUGUCCCACGGUUAUUUAUUUGUGAAUUUUGUUUGAAAUACAUGAAAUGUGAGGAAGUUUAUGAACGACAUAGACAAAAUUGUCAAUCUCAUCAUCCACCCGCCAAUGAAAUCUAUCAUAAAGACGAUAUAUCCGUAUUUGAAGUUGACGGUAACAUCAGUCGCAUUUAUUGUCAAAACUUAUGUCUAUUAGCCAAAUUAUUUCUUGAUCAUAAAACAUUAUAUUAUGAUGUUGAACCAUUUUUAUUUUAUGUAUUAACACGUAAUGAUCAAAAUGGAUGUCAUUUUAUUGGUUAUUUUUCAAAAGAAAAACAUUGUCCACAAAAAUAUAAUCUUUCGUGUAUUAUGGUAUUACCUAAUUGUCAACGAAAAGGCUAUGGACGUUUUUUAAUUGAAUUAAGUUAUUUAUUAUCUCGAAAAGAAUGGCAAGUGGGUACACCAGAAAAACCAUUAUCCGAUUUAGGUCGAAAAACAUAUGAAACAUAUUGGGAAUUUAAGAUAAUUAAACAACUUUUAAGUUAUAAUUAUUAUGAUAAACAUCAAUGUAAUUUCAAACAGAUUAUGUAUGAUACAGGCAUGGCAGUUGAUGAUAUUAUUGAUACAUUACAAAAUCUUCGGAUAUUAACAAUGAAAACAGAUGGAAAACCAGUGAUUACAUUUGAUGUUGAGCAUUUUGAAACAUUACUCCAAAAAGAAAAUGAUAAACAUAAAAACUGGAUUAUCUUGGAUCCUGAAUUUUUACGUUGGACACCUGUAUUAACACUACAAUUAUUGACAAAUCAAGAAAAAGCAAUUGAAAAACAAAUGCAAGAUGUACAAAUCGUAUUCAAAGAAUUUGAGCGUGAUACAGAAGCUGCAAUCUCAUCGCCUACUAAACUGAAUACAUCAGCAGACGGUACAAGUGUAAUCCGUUAUAUCAGACGACGUAAAUUUGGCAAUAGACGAAAAUCAGUGUAUGUUAAAUGUCGAAAGUCAAUUAAGCUGGAAAACGAUACGACAAUCAGUGAAGAGAAAAAUGAUAAAGAUAUAUCGCCUGUUAUGAUUAAUAAGAAAGAGAAGGAAGAAAGUUAUGAUAGCAACGAUCGAACAGCACAUUCUUCACAAGGACAAACAACAGUUGAUAUUGCGUGCGAUAGCCCAAAUUUAACAAUUCGUAAAAUAUCGGAAGAUGAAAAACAAUCAGUAUAUAUGUCGAAAAAACGAACAACGUUAAAACAGCCAAAAUUAGAUCAAUUUUUAAUUGAAAAGAAAAAAGACACAUUAAUAUCUAAUAAUUUUGAUAAUAAAAACGAUAAUUCAAAAGAUGAAAAUAUUUUUGUAUUAAGCAUUGAUAAGGAAGAUGUGGAAGAAAGUGAUAAUCGGACAUCAUCAAAUGAAAAGCUAACACGAACAUUGGAAAGUGUCACAUCAAAUGAAAAUCAGCAACAUCAACAUAAAUUAAGAACUCGACAUUAUAAUAGUGGCAAUAACAGUAUGUCACGAUCUGAUACAAUGAUUGCGACAAAUGGAAACAAAGUAAUAGCACAAAAAGCAAAAGUUAAUCACAAUACAAUACGUCAAAUCAGUGAUGGCGGUUUGUCAACAUCAUCAUGUGAGAGUAUGUCAACAGGCACCAUGCCGUUGCCAUUCAAAAAACGUGCAUGGACUUCAUCAAGUCUUGUAACACUAGGAAAUCUAACUGCGGAUACAUCGACAGGAUCUGAACCGACAGCUGAGAAUUCCAAAAUAGAAUUACCCGUUGCUUUAUCAACAAACAACGACAACAACAUGGUAAAGAGUGGAUCUGACUCACUAUCAACAACUUCAUCUACACCAAAAUUAUCAUCAUUAACGUCGUUGUUAUUUAACAUGAAUGGGAGUCAUUCAAAUAAUGAUUCAGAUACAGCAAGUUUAACAAUUCCCUCUACACCUUCGUUAUCGGAUAUUCUUGAGCCAUAUAUCGAAGCAAAAAAUCAACAAGAAUUUUAUCGUUCUCAGUCUCAACAAUCAACUAAUAGUUUAUCAUCAUCAACAAAUGGCAAUGAUGCUGAUGAAGUGGCAGAGAAAAGAAUUGAAAAAAUUGAAAAAAGUUUAAAAAUAACAGUUGAACAAGAUUUAUUUAAUCCAUCGAAUAACAAUACUAUAGAGGAUAGCAUUCAAACAAGAUCAUUUUCAUCGGGUAUGGAUGUAUCAUCGUUCUCAACUUGUUCUCCUAUCACCCGACGCCGCUACCAUCUGAUGAAAUCUAGAAUAUCAUCCGAAUCAUCGACAAUAGUUUCAAACGAUGAUAAUGAUCAACCGCCAAGUCUCACAUGUCCAACAGAUAUAAUUGUCUCAACAUCAAAUCAUUAUAAUCUGCAUUCUUCUCCGAAGAUCCAGCAACAACAACAUCCGUCGACAAAUCAUUUAGCAAUAAAUAAUUCUAAUCAUAAUACCACUAUACCUUAUAAUUAUCAAGAUGUAGCAACGGUAUCCGAUUAUCCUUAUCCUCAUUCUCCAUUACAAACACAACAGCAAAAACAAUCACCAUCACAUUAUCAGCAGCAUAACGCAACAUCAGCCAAUCAUUUUCCACCGUCGUCGACUUCAGCAGCAUCAUUGAAUUCAUUUUAUCCACAAGUAACUUAUUAUCCACAAGUGAAUUAUUAUGAUUCUCUUACACCUCCAUACGUACACACGAAUUAUGAUCAACAAUAUCCUACAACAUCAACUGUCUACGAUAAUAAUUUCAUUUCUGAUCAAUGCGUGUACGAUUCAUCAUCGUAUAAUACGAAUACAAACAGCAAUCAUUUAACCGCUUAUAAAUAUCCGACAAACAAUAGUACAAACACAUCGCCAACACAUCCUUGA